CAUCUAGCAUACAUCUCGAUUCACAAUAGCCACCUACGACCCGAACGGAUAGUUCCCACUAGAUAAAUACUCCAGAGAGACACGCCCAAAAUGUCGGCCGACGCACCUCCCGCCGAGGAGCCCAUGUUCGCCGGAUUGAAGAAAAAGUCAAAGAAGGCCAAGGUCAACUUUGACGAGAUUGACCUCGAGGGUGGCGAAGACAAGGCUAUCACCCCGGCCAACAUUGCUAGCGAGACCAUCGCUCAGGCCGAGGAGAAGCUGGAUGGUGGAGAUGCGCCCGUAGCAGCCGAGGAGGACAUGUUUGCCGACCUCAAGAAGAAGCCCAAGAAGAAGAAGAAGGAGAUCCCUAUGGAUCUGGAAGAGCUCGCGACCCCCGAAGGCGAGACCGCCACUCCUGCCGAGUCGGCUGGAGUCGACAUGGGCGAGUUUGGUGACAUCAAGAAGAAGAAGAAGUCUAGCAAGAAGAAGGCCGCUUUCGACCUCGAGGCGUUCGAGAAGGAGAUUGGCGAGGCCGAGGCCAACGAAGAUGGUGAAGUCGACGACAACAUCCCGGAGGGAGACCUCGGCGAUGACAUCUUUACCUCGAGCAACGACGCCGCUCCUUCCUCGUCCAAGAUCGGCGAGGAGGCCUGGGUCGGAACCAGCCGAGACUACACCUACCCCGAACUCCUCAACCGAUUCUACUCGAUGCUACACUCGCACAACCCCGAGCUUGCCGGUGACAAGAAGAAGCUCACCUUGGUCCCUCCUCAAGUGACCAGGGAGGGAACGAAGAAGACCAUGUUUGCCAACUUGGCCGAGAUUUGCAGGAGGAUGCACAGGCAGCCGAAGCACUUGAUGGAGUUCUUGUUUGCCGAGUUGGGAACGAGUGGAAGUGUGGACGCUCAGCAGAGGUUGAUCAUCAAGGGACGAUACACGCAGAAGAGUAUGGAGAAUGUCCUCAGGCGGUAUAUCGUCGAGUACGUCGUGUGCAAGACCUGCAAGUCACCCGACACCCUCCUGAACAAGGAGAACCGUCUGUACUUUAUCACUUGCGAAUCGUGUGGUUCUCGACGAUCGGUCGCUGCCAUCAAGACCGGUUUCCAGGCCCAGGUCGGACGAAGAAUCAAACCUGCGGCUUAGAACGCUCAAUGAUAUGCCACUUUUGCCGCAUCUUCUCCUUCCUCUUCCUGUCCUCUUUGUUCGAUACGCUACAUGUUUGGGUCUGUGCGACGAGUGAAACGAGAUGACUGCUAUGUAUCACGUAUCGCAUGAUGUGUCGAGUUU